GAAACAUGUGUUCAGCAGCGAGAGCAGGGCCAGCGUCAGUCAGCGGGAGUCCCUGCCUCACCAUGCUGAUUGUUAUCCUCACCAUCACAGGUAUAAUUGGUAGUGUUCAAGUUUCGACCCCGCCUGUGGUAGAAGCAGAGAUUGGAAAACCCAUCCGCAUAACCUGUGCUCCUGAGAUAUCCACUCCAAGCACUGUGAAAUAUGUCCAAUGGUUUGUUAUGGAGAAGGACACUCGCCAACGAAUCUAUUUCCAGGAUGGAGAAAAUAGAAUUAUCAACAAUAAGACUCACUACACUGAUCGAAUCAAUGUGGAUAAGAACUACACUCUGACCAUUGACAAUGUUGAACUUAGAGAUGAACGGACAUUUUGUUGCCAAGUUGGUGCUGGUCCAGCAGGCAAUGGUGAAGCCACAACAGAGUUGAAGGUUUUUGAUGCACCAGAAACACCUGAGAUAUUUCAAAGUGAUAAACUCAUAUCAAUAAUGAAAACAGAACCAUCAGAGAUUGCCACAUGUGUCACUAAGAAUGGUUACCCUGCACCGAACAUAACGUGGUACAAGGACCGCACCCCAUUGCAAGCUACCACGAAGAUAAACAACAAGAUGUAUAUGAUUCCUCAGGCCACAAAGGAGCCCAGUGGACUUUAUACCAUUACCAGUACACUUUAUUAUCUGCCUGAGAAGAAGGACAAAGAUUCUAAAUUUUACUGUGAAGUAAACUACAGGAUGCCGAUAGGAGUAGAGAAAAUGAAGAAGUCUAUUAAGAUUGGCAUACAAAUAUCCUAUCCAACCGAAAAUGUGGAAUUUCUGUAUCGGCCCAAGAUAUUGAAGGAGACAGAUAAUAUGAUACUAGAGUGCAAGUCCGAUGGCUCAUCUUCUGUUGAAAACACCUUUUACAGAGUGCGGGAUGGACAAGAGGAGGAGACCCUUCAAAGUGGCACUGGCAACACCUUUGAAAUUGUUGGAGUAAAACGAAAUGACAGUGGUGUUUAUGGCUGUAGAGUGCUGGACUUUGAUGCAGAUGACAAGGAUUUUAAUGCAAACAAGACAAUAACAAUUAAUUAUCUGGAUCCUAUUGUAUUGAAACCAAGAGGACCAUACAUUUUUGAGGAGGGUGACAAAAAUAAAAAUAUUUAUUGUAGCGCAGAAGGAUCACAACAGACAUCUGUGAUUUGGAAAAAACACAAGAAGAUAGUCAGUUCUACAAAUCUUCUUCAACUACCAGUGGUCACAUCUGAUGGUUCUGGAAACUAUACCUGUGAAGUUACAAUCCGGGAUGUUCCAAGCCUGUUUAAAAAAAAAUCCAUCAGAGUUACAGUCAAAGAGCCACCUAAAGUAAAUUGUACGGAGAAGAUAUUCUACAAAAAUGGACAUUAUGUCAACCUGACUUGUAUUUUCAAAGGCUAUCCAAUACCAAACAUCACAUGUAGCAUUGGAAAGGAGGUAAAGGACAUAAAAAAGCAUCUGUUGCCUAAUCACAUUGUUAUCAGUGAAUUGACUGUACUGCUUCCUGCAGAGGGACUGAACGUGACUUGUAAUGGCACCAAUGAAUAUGGGAGUAAGACCCACAACUCCGUUGUGCAGAGAGAGUCAACGGCAGUUUCUACAAAAAGGCCUCCUAUUGCUGGGAAGACUCAUAGGGGGAGCAGUGGUGGAAUGCUGAUAGUCAUCAUCAUUGUGUGCAUCAUUCUUCUUGCGUUCCUGGGUGCGAUCCUGUACUUCCUGUACAAAAAAGGCAAGAUCCCCUGUGGUCGCUCAGGGAAACAAGACAUCACACGGACAGAUGUUCAUGACGAUGUUGUUGUGGAAGUUAAGAAUGACCAGAAGGUGCCAGAAGAGACUGUGCUUCUACAAGGAGUCAAUGGAGAGAAGAAGUUGCCCAAUGACCAGUGAAGAGAGAUGAAGCAAUAUGCAAUCCUGUUGAAUGAAGAUAAAUAACCACAGUGCUCCCAGCCUAACCAGACCACAUGGAUAUGACAGUGACAUGAAAAGUUUUUGCCUUUAGAAGCGCUGCACAUGCUCCUACACUGAAGCAGUUUCAAUAAUGCUGGAGCCUUUCACUGGAAACCACUCAACACUUUACUGAAAUGAACACAUGGCCUAUCAUUCCCCCUAACAUUCCCACCGUCAAACUGGGUGUUUUCUGUGUGAUCUCUGCAACUGCAGGUUACCUCUCAGCUCUACAUUUCUGCUCAAAUUGUAUGUUGUCACAUCAGUUACAGAGUACAAAAUGCCUGUCCAGGCUUCAUCCCCUUGACACAGCUGAAAAGGAAAUUCAUGUUACUUUGCUGUACAAUUCUUAUAAAUUCCUUUUAAUCACAACAAUUUAUAAUUGAACAUUUUGAUGAAGCAUGUGUAUUAAAAAGCAUCCAGAUUAGAAAGUGUUGUUCAAAGGGGAAAUCGUCAGGACUGUGUUAGUAUAGUUCUAACUAACUGCAGACAGGGAUGUUCAUACCAUUAAUCAGAUUAGAGAUUACAUUUCUCAUUAGUUGUGUAAUUGACAAUAGGAAGCAUGAGAUGACAUAUUUGUACAUAUUUUAAUCAAUAUCCCCACCUCUCAUCAGGAGAAAUAGUUACAAUGUUCAAAGUAUUUUUUGUAGGUUUCAGCUGCAGUCUGUAUUCAUUAUCCAACACAUCACAAUUUGGCUGGACGGACUUCAGUCAGCAUUAUGGGUAAACAAGGGUUUUUAUUCAUAGUGCUUUGCAAAAGAAAUGUCAAUAUUAGUAACAUCAGGAAUUUUUAAAUCAACAGAAUCCAGAAAUUGUUUGUUUGGAUAGAUUUUCUGUUAGAAAUGCUGAUCACACAUUGAAAAUGGCAUUUGCUCUCUGCUGAGUCCAAACCAAAUGCACUGCACAAUAGGUAAUUUUUACUCUAUUUCAACAUCAGUAGCUCUCUUCUAAAUGUAAAUUCCAGAAAUAAUGAUUUGAUUGUAGUGCAGAAUUUACAUCAUCACCAACCCUUCAUCCAGUUACAAGCACAAGUCCUUGGUUUCUGUCUGGUCAGACGCAUCUUCCAUUGAAAAUAAUGCAAAUUCAUUUUCAAAUUAGUGGUCUGUUUGAGAUGUUAUACAUUCAUGAUCACUUGAUCCUUAAAAUUUUUGCAAGAAACAAUGUUUCUUGAAAGGAAUAGGAAAGCGUAUAGUUCUCAUGAUGACUAUGAAGUAACAAUAAUGCUAGCUUUUGUUUCUCAUUGCAUUGUUCUGUAGAGUAUUUCCAGCAUUUUGUUUGUAGUCGCCAUAAGGGAGCAGAACACAUGUGGUAUAGAAAUUUUCCUUUUUAACGUCCAGGACAUGUUUCUCCAAACUUGGGAGCUCAGCCAGCUCCACACCAAAGCACCAGGGCUAGAUGAUUGCAUUCUGUCCAUUUGCCUUUAAGUCAAGAUGUUGUGUUCUUAGAUUAUCUUGUAAAGAAUUUGCAUUAUUUAAAUCAAACAGGACCCCUUUUAGUCCUGUUUCUUCUGCAGGCUGUCUGCAGCAGUCAACACCACCAUAUCCUCUCAACUUUCAACUUCCCCACUUAAAGAACAAUUUGGUUACUUUCUACUUUGCAAAUACUGACUCAGGUUUUUUUUGGCUGUUUCACAUCAGAGGCACCAUAAAAGCAGCAACUAAGUCUCACUCAGUGACCAAAGCAUUGGCCUGUAGUUAGAUUGCAUGAAAUGUUAGACCCUAGUGCACAGAAAGGGCAAUAUUUCCAGUCAUAUGCUCCGUGUAUAGCGAGAUAAAUUGUUGCGUGGUGUGGGUAUGUGAGUGGAGAAAUAAAAUGUAGGAAUAAUUUCCUUCAAAGCGUUCUUGAAGGGUGUGGAAUCCUGAGAACUUAGUUUUGGUUUAUCCUUCUGGUAACCCCAGUGCUGCUCAGCACCAGUACUCAGAGCAUCAUACAUGUCUGAAGAUCCCAGUUCAAAUUGAUGAAGACAAGUUACUAUUCUACAACCUUCCCUAUUAAUCCUAUUAUUAUUUAAAAUGAUCUGCCUUCCCCCACAAUGCAGAUUACUGCAUUCCAUUUGCUUCCUUUCUUGCCUGUAUUUGAGAACUGUGCAGUCAAUGAACAAUCCACACUUUUUUUCAUGAUCAUAACGAGGAUUAGACGGGGAAAUAAAAUAAAAAUAAGUGCUGACGAAACACUUUCUCCACAAAUGUUGCCAGACCUGCAGCAUUUCUCCAGCACUUGCCAUCUUUAUUUCAGAUCUCCAGCAUCUGCAAUACUAUACUUUUAUUGAAUGGAUGGAAAUCUUCUCUAAAGUCCUCAAAUGGUGAUCAUAGCACCACAAAAAUCUAAGAUCCCUCUAUGAAGCUGGUUCGGACUUCCAAAAGUUUAAUAUUGGAUUUGAGGAUCAAAGAAAGCAUUAGAAUGAUGUAGAGAAUCACUUAAGAAUGAGUUGUGUCUCACUUUCAUGCUGCCAUUGCUGCAGAAAAUUGGCCAUUUCUGACUCAUUUGGAAGGGAGGCACAUAAACAUAUUAACACAUCGCUGUGCUAAAGUUAACUUGCUUGCUUGUUAUUUAUGUUGAAAUUUUAACAACAUUGUGACAGAUGCUGAAGCUGUGGCUGGAUCUUUCAAUAUACAUAAAAUUAAUUAGUUAAAAUUAUAUUGUACACUAUUUGAACUGUUGCAGAGUUAGUGUAAUACCACAGAAAGUGCUUCAUUUAAAUAGAGUGAAGCCUAUUAAUUAGAAAGCAACUAGGUGACCCUGUGGGCAGCAGGGUAGGCGGUUUUGGAGUCAAUGAAACAACAGUAGUCACCCCAUUAUUUUUCUCAAGUGGCGGGAUAUCCUGACAGGCAUUAGCAAGUACCCCUCACAUUUACAUAUUUUCUAAUUGGUAAAAAUAGUGUGCCCUCCCAUUAUAGGGACACCCCAGGGAGCUGGAACCACCUCAUUCUUUUGAAGCUUAGAUUUUUUUUUCUAUUCAUGAGCGUCACUGGCUAGGCCAGCAUUUACUGCCCAUCCCUUGUUGCCCAGAUGUCAAGUUAAAUGUCAAUCACAUUGCUGUGGGUCCAAAGUCACAUGAAGACAGACCAGGUAAAGAUGAAAGCUUCCUUCCCUAAAUGAUAUUAGUGAUGACCAUGAAACCAUUGCUGAAUGUCAGAAAAACAUCUGGUUCACUUGACCCUUAAUUCCAGAUUUUUAAGUGAAUUCAAAUUCCAUUAUCUGCCAAUGGCAGGGUAUGAUCGCAGGUCCCCAGAACAUUAUCUGGAUCACUGGAUUAAUAGUCUAGUGAUAAAACCACUAGGCCAUUUCCUCCCUGAGUGAGAAAAUCAUUUCCUUCAUCGUUGGGUCAGUUCAUUAUUGGACCUAAAAUCCAUAGCUGGAUGUAGACCCUUGCUUCUGGCUUGAAACUACCGACAACACUGAGGUAUUGAGCACAUCUAGCUGUGCAAGAUCAGCUCUGCACAGAUAAGAGUUAGGAGCUACCAUUACUGACCCAUAGUGGAUAUAUAGGUUGCUCUAAACUCCAUUUUUUGAGGCUCUAAUGCAAUUCCUAAAGCUACCUGCCCAGCCUCGUUCCAUUGAAGUACUUUGUCUUAUGUAAAUUUGAAAUAAAAACUGUGACUGACUGUUUUUUAUGACUUGCAAAGAAAAUGCUAAAUAAAAUAUUGUUGCAAAUACCUGA